AUGUCUUCCGGAACACCUCAAACGACAACAUUCACAGACGAUGAGCCAAGCGUAAAUAUUAGGAUGAGCACCCUCGUCGAGAAGCUCAACAUAGUACGCGCAAACCACGACAGAGAAAUCCUUGCGUGCGUGUGGGUCUGUGGGAAACGCGAAGUCGACCGCAAUACCCGCAUGCGUUUCUACCGGUACCUCAUCACUUGUUAUGACACGGCGCCCAUGCCCGAUGCACUGUAUGGCAAGAAUCCGCGCGUCCUCGCGGAAAGCCUCGAUCCACAGACAUUCGAGGAGGCAGCGCGCAUUCGUGUGGACGCGGACAUCGGUGGAACUUUCAUCCCGCCGCUCAUGCAGGAGGUCUUUCAAGGGAAUCCCGACUCUUGGAAGGUUGCGCGUGAUGAUCUGGGACAAUUGCUUGGUAGUAUCUGA